UACUUCGAGCGGGUCUAUCCGUAUACCCCAGUUCUGGACAGUGUCAGUUUCGUGCGUCGCUAUACCGCGGGAACAUACUCCACCUUCAUUUGUCAGUGCACCCUGACGAGUGUUGCGCCUUACAUGUCAUCAUCACUCCUUGCGGAAAGCGGGUAUCCUGAUAGAUACACUGCUCAGAGGUCUUUCUUCGCAAAAGCUCAAUUACUGUACGACUUGGGAGGUGAGCAGUCGCAACUGGUUCUUCUGCAAGGAUCAUUGAUUUUGACUUCAUCAUAUUUUUCGUUCGGGUUGGACAAGGAUUGUAGGUACUGGCUCAACAACGCAGUACGUUUAGCCACUCAACUCGGACUGCAUCGAAAACAAAUGGCGAGACAAUUAGAUAUGGAAACACAGAAGCUAUUCACACGCAUAUUUUGGGUCAUGUUCAACAAGGAUGUGCUGAUGGCUAUCUCUGGGCGCAACAAUGUUCGCGGACUGAAUGAUAGACAUUGCGAUGUUCUCGAAUUGGAAGUGGAGGAUUGCACGGAAGAGGACGAGGCUCACACCCAAGACUCUGGUGCUGAAUACCCCUGUACUCUGUCCCCCGUACAAGUGCUAUACCUUAUUCACAACACAAAGCUCUCCCAUAUA